AUGGAUGACCACAUCAACGACCAGGUUAUUGAAGAAAAGCAGAACAGAGCAAUGAGGAGAGUGAAGACUGAGACCAAUCGCUCAGAACCUGAUAACUCAGGGAAGAGAUCCUCCAGAGUUGCUGCAGUGUGUCUGGGGCUGCUGUGUGUUCUACUGGCUGGGAUCAUAGGCCUGUCUGUCUACUAUGAUGGGGUCUCUAAGAGCUUCAUAGCCUAUAAGACCAACUCAUCUGCAGAGAUAGAACAGCUACAGACCAGCUACAACAACCUGACUAAAGAGAGAGACCAGCUACAGACCAGUUACAACACCAUGACUAAAGAGAGAGACCAGCUACAGACCAGUUACAACACCAUGACUAAAGAGAGAGCCCAGCUACAGACCACUUACAACACCAUGACUAAAGAGAGAGACAAGCUACAGACUGAGAGAGAGUUUCUUAACUGGAGGCUUAUCAAUCUCAGCUGGAAGAAGUUUGAAUCCAGUUGGUACUUCCUGUCUACUGAGACUAAAACCUGGAAGGAGAGCAGAGAGGCCUGUCUGGAGAGAGGAGCAGACCUGGUGAUCAUAAACAGCAGAGAGGAACAGACAUUUCUCUUCAACCUCAAGAAGAGAGUCUGGAUUGGUCUGACUGACUCUGUUACUGAAGGGACCUGGAAAUGGGUGGACGGCACCCCACUGACCACAAGGUACUGGUAUGCCAAACAGCCUGAUAAUUCAGGUCCUACUGGGGACGAGGACUGUGCUGAGAUACACGAAGAUCAGAGUCCUCUAAAGUCAUGGAAUGACAUGUCAUGUGACAGCAAACUCAACUGGAUGUGUGAGAAAGUGGUUUAA